AUGGACGCGGCGGACAAGCGGAUGUUGGAUCGCGAGGCGCUCCGCAACAUGAUCCAGCAAUGGAACGCCAACCGCCUCGACCUGUUCGAACUCAGCGAACCCAACGAGAACUUGGAAUUCCAUGGCGUGAUGCGAUUUUAUUUUCAAGAUUCGGGUCAGAAGAUAGCAACCAAAUGCAUCCGUGUUGGCUCCGAUGCUACUGUCAGCGAUGUUAUAGAGACCUUAAUCGAAAAGUUCCGUCCAGACAUGCGUAUGUUAUCCCUCGGCUCGUACUCGUUGUGGGAGACACACGGGCCGGACGACGAGCGCAAGCUGGAGCCUCACGAGAAGCCGCUCCUGGUGCAGCUCAACUGGCACGCGGACGACCGCGAAGGGAGAUUCUUACUCAAGUGCCUUACUAAUAAUGAGGUGCCUUUGUCUUCGGUGAAUGAAAAAGCCGAUCAAAACUUCAAACGAAAAUUGUCGAAACGUGAAAAGAAAGAACUUAAAAAGAAAGAGAAAUUAUCUCGAUUGAAAUCUGAUACGAACGAUGAAAAUCGACCUGUUGCGGAAAAAUUAUAUACAGAAUUACCCGAAACGUCUUUCACACGAAGCAUCAGUAACCCUGAGGCCGUGAUGCGCCGCCGCCGACAGCAGAAACUCGAGAGGAAACUGCAGCAGUUUCGUUCCAAGGAUGGUGGACCUGAUACCGGAGGAACACUAAAGAUCUACGGGUCGUCGCUGUGCCCGGACGUGCCGUACAAGACGCUGCUGCUGUCGGUGGGCGACACGGCGGCGGGCGUGGUGCGCGAGAUGCUGGACAAGUACGCCCUGUCGCGGCACGACCCGCACCAGUAUUGUAUUGUGCAGGUGGAUGCAGCUGACAACUCUGAAUAUAUUCUAGAAGACGACGAAUGCCCUCUCGCCAUCGUGAUGACACAUCCUCAUCGCAGCUCCAUCAUGUUCCACGUGCGGCGGCGACCAUCGGACGCUCAGCCGCGGCGACGGAAAAAGAAGACUGGUGCGGGCACGGGCAGCGCGCGGCCCGGCAACGAACCCAUGCUGGUAGAAGUGACUCCUGAUGGCACGGCUUUAGAAAAUGGCCGUCGUGUACGCAUCACAGAUGUUAUUGAGAUCGGUUCUGGGAAUGGUACAGCAUUGCAGUUGUAUGGGCCUUCCAUCCAGGCACGUCAUUGCGUGGUCGCAACGGCGGACGGCGGCGGGUACACUGUUACACCGAUACAUGCAGACGCACAUGUUUACGUUAACGGGUGCAGGAUAAUGCAUUCACAGAGGUUGCAGCACGGUUGUUUGUUAAAAUUCGGCCGAGUAUCAACUUUCCGCUUCGUGGAUCCUGCGCAAGAAAACCUUAUGAACCGGAAUCUUUCACAGUCCCAACACUUUGGCUCGGGCUCCAUCUACGACAGAUCGCCGUCUGGUGAAAACAGCGGGGCGAUGUCGCCGAAUUCUAUGGUCUCGCACCAGCCCGACCCGCUAGACCCGAACGCGAACGACGCAGAGUACCCUAGAACCAUUAGCCCCGUAUCCCACGACACUUACGGCUAUAACGCGAACGACCCACCUUACAACAAUAACACGCUUAAACUAGACAACGAAUCGCUCAUGAUGUCGCAACAUCUGAACGAUUCGAAGGACGACUAUAUACGAGAUGAGCACUCGAGUUCUGUAUACAACGAGCAGGACCAAAGCGCGUCGGUCAAUCGCACCCACAACGCUCAGUACAAAGACAACUAUGAAACUACCUUCGAUUUGGAUGGCAACGUUGAGACAAAGAGCAUAUGUAGCGCUAAGAGUGGAGGAUCGGGUCAAGAUAACAGGAGCGCGAUGAGCUCUCGAGGCCAGGAGGCGAUACUGCCGGCGGUGCUCGAGUUCCCCGAGGCGGGGCAGGCGCAGUUCCUGGCGGCCGUCAUCACGCGCCUCGACCCGCACGCGCCCGCCUUCAAACUCGCGCCCGUCUACACGCUAUAUCUCUGCGCUAGAUACCGUGCGUCUACCCACUACCGGCCGGAACUGACGCCGACGGAGCGCGCGCACAAGCUCACGGCGUUCCUGCAUCACGUCGCGACACUCAUACACGCAACUGUGCAGGAGAGGUGCACAGACUCGGCUGCGCAAGCAUUUUGGAUGGCUAAUGCUAGUGAACUACUACAUUUUUUAAAAUUUGAUCGACAUAUAUCAUCAUUUUCGACGCAAGCACAGGAUUUACUACCAAAAACCGUUCAAAACGCUUUCAGCAACUUAGUGACAUGCUUCCAAGAGGAGUUGUCCCGUGCGCUGGCGGAGCUGAGCAACCCGCACGCGGCGGACGCGACGGACGCGACGGCGCCCACGCUGCAGGCGCUGGCCGCCGCCAUGGUGCUGCUGCGCCGCUGCCGCGUCAACGCCGCCCUCACUAUACAGCUCUUCUCGCACCUCUUCCAUUAUAUUAAUGCUUGUUGUUUUAAUAAGUUGGUAACGGAAGCGGGGUGCGUGAGCGCGCGGUGGGGCAGCGCGCUGUCGGCGCGCCUCGCGCUGCUAGCGGCGUGGGCCGAGCGCCAGGGGCUGGAGCUGGCUGCAGACUGCCAUCUCGCUCGCACGCAUCAGGCUGCGCGCCUGAUCUCGGGCACGUACCGCACGGCGGAGGAGGUGUGCGGCGCGCUGGGCGCGUGCUUCAAGCUCAACUCGGUGCAGGUGCGCGCGCUGCUGGCGCCGCUGCUGCCGCCCGACCUGGUGGACGCGGCCGCCGCGCACGCGCGCGCGCGCGCUGACGAGCUGUAUCGCGCCGAUGGACGCGAGAUAACACUAGAGGAGAGCGUGUGGCUGGGCGCGGCGCUGCUGAUCCCGGGCGACGGGUUCAGCCCGGAGGUGGUGCGCGGCGUGCCGCCCGGCCUGGCCGAGUUCGUGGCGCCGCUGCAGCGCGGCGGCCUGUGCCGCCUGGCGCACCAGCCGCACGCGCGCGGCGAGUGGACCGUGUACAUGCACGCGCACGCGCCCGCGCCCGCCGCGCCCGACGCGCACCCGCGCCUGCAGCUCGUGCAGCUGCACAAGAACUCCAACGGGAUGGGACUCAGCAUUGUUGCCGCUAAGGGCGCAGGGCAAAGCAAGCUGGGUAUAUACAUAAAGUCGGUGGUGCCGGGCGGCGCGGCGGCGGCGGACGGGCGCCUGGCCGCCGGCGACCAGCUGCUGUCCGUGGACGGGCACUCGCUCGUGGGCAUCACGCAGGAAAAGGCUGCAGAAUACUUAGUCCGCACGGGACCGACGGUAACGCUAGAAGUGGCGAAACAAGGCGCGGUGUUGCACGGGCUGGCGACCCUCCUGCAUCAGCCUACGUAUAAUCAACAACAAAAUGACGAAGUACAAUACGAAGACCGCUCGCGACGUAAUUCUGGAACAUUCAUAAAUCCACAUCCAGCGUUGUUGAAGCCGACGUCGCCUCUCACUGAACUCGUCACUGCAGGUUAUGGCCGGCAUUAUCGAAAUCGUCUCUUAAGAGAUGAAACAUCCGAAUCUAGCACGGAUGAUACUGAAGACUGUCAACCUCACUAUCACGGUUCCAUUCCUAAACUCAUUAUUACUUUAGAUCGAGAGAAUAAUCAGCUACGAGAAGAUCACUCUCCGGACACGCCGGGCUGCCCGUUAGAGCUCAAAUCCGGGCCACCUCAGCAUCAGAUACCGAUUUUCACAUUUACAUGUGAAGAUUUCGACGCUCAACAGACUAGCGAUACCCUUUCACAAGAUACUUACGAGAUCCAAGAACCUCCCCCGUUGCCCGACCCGCCGGCCAACUACGACCAGUCCAGUGAAAGUGGUGAAACUAUUUGUUUGCCACCAGAAAUGAAACCGAUUGACACUAAACUAACUUUGGACCUGUUCAAUUCUCGAUCUAAAGACGAGGAGUACAGACGCAGGUGCACGGCGGUGGACGAGUGCGUGAGUGCCUGUGAGUGUUGCCGCACGCCUCAGCCGGAAGCGCAACAAAUACCUUUUAUAGAUGAACCUAAUUCUGAACCACUGAUAUUCGAGAAUGACUGUUUUCACAGUAAAGUGGCCACUCCUAAAAUAAGAAGAAUACUCCCCUCUCUUUCAUUAGAUUUGACGGAUAACAAAAAACCGGAAACGGCUGAUGCUACCUGUCAAACUCCUAACUCGCCUUUAGAACCCGAUACGAAACCUCGCAUUGUAGAAUUUACAAAAAAAGUCGAUUUAAGUCUUAACUUGAGACGAGAAUCUAAAGACAUUCAAAAUAUACAGUGUCGACUGAAAAAAACUUUGUAUUCAAUGUCAAAAUCACUUUCGAGUAAAUCAGAUGAUACAGAUGGUCCGUCCAUAUCGACUUCGGAUUCUUUCGAUGAAGAAUUCACAGACGUGGCUCCAUGCAGAAAGGCCUCGCAUGCAGAAGGUGAAGUUAAUCAGAUAUUAGAUAACGUGGCAAAAAAAUCAUGGAAAUCACCAGACGAAUAUAGGCCUGCCUUUGGGAAAGUUAAAGCUUUAACUAAACAUUUUAAUCAAAUUAAUCUUAGAUAUUGUGCGAAAAGUUACAAACGCAACUGCAGGUCGAGUCCUAAUCUUAGCUCUGGAGCAAAUCUAGAACCCCUAAUAAUUAAGGAACAACUACCUGCGAGCGCUAGUUUAGCGGAUAUUCAGUAUGAAUUUGAAAAAACUGAUACUGAUGACGUUAAAACUGACAAAAUGUCCGAAGAUGAAGUGAAAAGUAUUCUCAUACAGCUUGAAGAUUGGUCAAAGUUCGGUUCUCGCGGCAGUGAAGACACUUUGGCUCAAGGCAACGAAUUCGAGCUGCCCAAUCUUCCAUCGGAAGAUCACACCGAAACAAACGUUUCAACAACGGGCAGUUUUAUAUUCAAUGAAAUUAUAGACAAAAAACCGAAAAUAAUUACACUGGAGAACAUAAAAGUGAAAUAUACUCAGUCCAGCAUUAACCCUGAAAAGCCUAAAUGUGUAGAAUCGUUAAUUAAAAGCGAGAGCUUAGACGAAUUGAGUGGGCUGCGAUCUACGAGUAAUAAGAGAAUGGAGCGGAGACAUGUAUCUUCGACGGACGUGUGCCCGCGGCGCAGCUGCCCCGACGUGCGCGCCGCGGCGCCCCACCCCACGUGUAAGCCGACUCUCACACCGAGCAUGAAA